CGGUCGCCUUUUUUCGCCCCCGCUUACUUUGACGCGCGUGUGAUUGGCCGGCUCCUGCCUCUACAUAUCUGAUUCCGGCCAUCAGAUACUCCAUGCCAAAGACUUAUAAGGCCUGCUUGUUCCUGCUUGGUUUCCUUCUCAUCAGACAAUCCUCAAAGACUUUCUUCGCAUCCAAGAAACACAGCUUUCUCUCCUCUACCACUUCUACUCUUUACCAACACUCCACCACCACCACUCUACCAUCACCAUGUCUGCUCCCACUGGCGCUAUCCCCGCUUCCUGCUGCAAGCGUGACGGCACCGGCUGCGUCUGUGCCAAGGAGGCUACCUGCUCCUGCGGCAAGCAGAAGGCCAUGCACUGCAACUGCGAGAAGGCCCAGGCCGAGAACAAGGUGAACGGCGCUACCUGCUCCUGCGGCCAACGCGCUGCCGGCUCCUGCACCUGCAACCGCUCCGGCGAAGAGAACACGGUCAAGGGCACUGCCUGUGCCUGCGGCAAGAGGUCCAGUGACUCGUGCACUUGCUCUGGCGCCGAGCUCGGCCAGUCAGAGCUUGAGACCGACUUCACCAACCGCAAGUAGUUGACUGCGGGUUUAGGAGGCAUGCAUGGGACGGUGUUGUCAGGCGUUAAGGGUUUUGAUGUGGGUUGAGCGGUUUAGGCUCUCCUUGGGGCAAUGGAAAUUCAGGGCAACUUUAAUUAGCAGAGGCUAGUAGGAUCAAGAUACCAACAAUGAACUCGGAGUUUGUUUGA